UGUCUAGUUCGGUUGAGUUGAGGUGGGCCACUUGUUGCCAGGGAACCGAGUUGGGUAUCUCUCGUGUUACACCAAUGCCUUUGUCCCAUCAGUCUCUCUGUGACUGUCCCAGAGAGGAACCAUAACUUUAUUUACCAUUUUAGCAUACUAAGAGGACUACUACCUUUUCCUGGUUGUGCUUUGGUGAUUUGUAGUAGUUACAAUGCAGCGAGUAGCAUUGAAAAUCAUCUGUUCCUGUUUAUUACUUUUUGCAGCAGUGAACUCGGCAUAUUCGCAAGCAGACUGUUCCCAGGCCGACUCAUGUGACUUGUGCGUCGGAGCCUCUCUGCUAAACUUGACGGGCUGCGUUUGGAGGCUGUGCCCAGAUGAUAAUGAAACUGGUGUGUGCACGAAGGACAGAGGAGAUAUUGCGGAUGAUGGGAGGAACUGUAGCUGGACCAGAGUAUCAGAACUGUGCUUAGUCGUGGAGACAUUGGCUGAAGAUGGAAAUGACGCAGAUCGUGCUAGCACCCCAAAACCUGCUCCAGAGUUCUCCCAGGCCAAGUUUGACAUGUCCAGCUUCAUAGGGGGGAUUAUCCUGGUGCUAUGUGUCCAGGCUGGAGGCUUCUUUGCAAUGCGUUUCCUGAAAUCAAAAGAACAGAGUAACUAUGAAACCAUUGAGCAGCCACAGUGAGGAGAAGACAGAAGAAGAGCAAAUACAACAGGACAAAUGGAGCCCAGCUGUGACUCAUCAACUUGUGAC